GUUUCUUUUUCUUCUUUUUCAACAACAUGCGAGUUUGGCACACCAAGGAUAUGGAUACAACCAACUAAACUACAUAUCAAAAUGGCCAUGGGGAAAUGUCAGCAAAAUCUGUCAAAAAAUGCAAAAACAAAACUCCAACUUUACUUUGGGUAAAACAAUACGCUAAUUUUUAUUAUGUUAUACAUAAAUGCAAAAGUUAUAAUCGUUUAAACCUUAAAAAUAAGCAAACCAAAUUUGACAAAACCAAAAGCUAAACCGAAUCAAACGAAAAAGGAAUAUUCUCCAAAACCGACUUCACACAGCCCUAAUUUCCACACUCUAAUACUAUUUCUCGCCGCCGCUUUUGUAUCUUCUUCUCUCUCGCUUUGCUCUCUCGGAAUUGUUUUUGCAGAAAGUCUCUCAUCUGAACUCAGAAAAUCUCCGAGUUCGUAUAUCUUCUCCGUUUGAGCAAUGGCGUUGGUCAUGCACACAUACAAGGGAAACAAAGGUGCCAAUAAGGCACUUAUUGCUGCAGAGUAUGCGGGUGUGAAGAUCGAGGAGUCCGCAGACUUUCAGAUGGGCGUCACUAACAAGUCACCUGAGUUCCUUAAGAUGAACCCUAUUGGAAAGGUUCCUGUGCUUGAGACUCCUGAAGGUCCCAUAUUUGAGAGCAAUGCCAUUGCCCGAUAUGUGAGCCGUAAGAAUGGUGACAACUCUUUGAAUGGAUCCUCCCUUAUUGAAUACGCUCACAUUGAGCAAUGGAUCGAUUUCUCCUCAUUGGAGAUUGAUGCUAACAUGUUGAAGUGGUUUGCUCCAAGAAUGGGCUAUGCUCCCUUCUCUGCCCCAGCUGAGGAAGCGGCAAUUUCUGCAUUGAAGAGAGGACUUGAGGCUCUGAACACACAUCUCGCCUCCAACACUUUCCUUGUUGGACACUCUGUCACCCUUGCUGAUAUUGUCACAAUCUGCAACUUGAACUUGGGAUUUGCCACCGUGAUGACCAAGAAAUUUACCUCUGCAUUCCCUCAUGUUGAGAGAUACUUCUGGACAAUGGUUAACCAGCCAGAAUUCAAGAAGGUGUUGGGUGAUGCCAAACAAACCGAAGCUGUCCCUCCAGUUCCUACUAAGAAAGCUCCACAGCCUGCUAAGCCCAAGGAGGAGCCCAAGAAGGCAGCCCCUGUAGCAGAGGCACCAAAGCCUGCUGAGGAGGAGGAAGCACCAAAGCCUAAAGCCAAGAAUCCUCUUGACUUGCUACCACCAAGCCCAAUGGUUCUCGAUGACUGGAAGAGGCUUUACUCGAACACCAAAUCCAACUUCCGUGAGGUUGCUAUCAAAGGAUUCUGGGACAUGUAUGACCCGGAGGGGUACUCACUAUGGUUCUGUGACUAUAAGUACAACGAUGAGAACAUGGUCUCCUUUGUUACACUCAACAAGGUAGGAGGGUUCCUUCAGCGUAUGGACUUGGCACGUAAAUACUCCUUUGGAAAGAUGCUUAUUUGCGGGUCAGAGGGUCCUUUCAAGGUGAAGGGUUUAUGGCUUUUCCGUGGACCAGAGAUCCCCAAGUUCAUAAUGGAUGAGGUGUACGACAUGGAGCUGUACGAGUGGACUAAGGUUGAUAUCUCCGAUGAAGCACAGAAGGAGCGUGUUAGCCAGAUGAUUGAAGACGCUGAGCCAUUUGAAGGCGAGGCUCUUUUGGACGCCAAAUGCUUUAAGUGAAAAGGCUCUUUGUAUCUCCGUAGAGGUUUACUCUGUUACUCGUGUUUUGAUACCUUCUAGAGAGUCCUUACCACCUUUUGAAUCGUACUCGGGUUUAAGAACUAGUUGCUUCUCAAUGUUAUUUUGACAGAAUAUUGUUCUUAAAUACAUUACAACUUCUAGUUAUUGUUUUUAUUUUGUUUUUUAUUAUCCAAACUCGUGUGUGUGACAUUCUCUCUUUAAAUUAGUUGCUUGGAAGAUGCAAAGAAUCUCGUUUAAUGGGGCA